GCAUACCCAGCUACCUGCAGGCAUGUCGCACUCCAGUCCCCGCUGCGUAUGACAUGAGAGAACUACAUGUCCUGUGCUCGCUGUUGGAUAUUUCGGAACAGUGCGUUUCGGUGAACAAGAGUAGAACGGGCGGGGGGGGUGGCUGCCGUGUGUGUGAGGAUGAGGAGACGUGGGGAGAACUAAGCCAAGUUUGAUAGGAACUCAAGGGUGGGGGGGGGAGAGGAGGAAGAAGGGGCUCGGCGAGCAGCAAGUGCGUUUGUUACACAUGUUGCCUUGUAGGUACAUCAGUGCGCAAGAUGCUGACGACAGGGUUGGGGUGUUUUCCUUCCUGUUGCAGGGGACCAUGGUUAUGUUGAAGAUCUCCGCUUUCCUCGUUGCCUACGCCCUGGUCAUCUGCCAGAUGUACUGCUCACAAGCCGCCCCUGCCAGACCAGGUUUAGAGUCCAUGUCAGAACGAGUCACGCUCACGGACUACGAGGCGCGAAGGUUACUGAACGCCAUCGUCAAGGAGUUUGUGCAGAUGACGGCAGAAGAGAUGGAACAGCAGGUGACGGAGGGAAACAGCAUGGACAGGCCUCUAACCAAGCGCUGUUCCAACCUCAGCACUUGCGUGCUGGGCAAACUGUCUCAGGAGCUGCACAAGUUGCAGACAUUCCCCCGCACGAACGUGGGAGCGGGAACGCCCGGCAAGAAGCGCGGCGCUCCUGAGAGGGACAGCUAUGCAAGCUACGGCGAGACGUUUGACAGCAUCUGAACCCUUCUUUCUCCUCUCUCUCCUUUUAUUUAUCCUUCCUUCUUUUCUAUCUCUUCAUCCCGGUUUGCUCUCCGUAUUUUUCAUCCUGGCAAGUGCAUGCUGACUCCUACCGGCUUGAGAAGAACCUGACUGUUUUCUCUCUUUUUAUGUACCUCUUUCCCGCCUUUUUACCCUGCUUGGUUUUUUUUUUUUUUUUUUUUGGGGCAGAGAAUAAUUUGUUCCUUUUUUCUCAGACAAUCAGACACAAUUUACACAGCUGUAAUUUACAAUAUCAGAUAUCCAUUUCUGUGUAGUGUUUUUGAUGGCAUCUGAUAGACAGAUCACUUAAUGUAACCAUUAAUAAAUAAUCCACUCAUGAAGACACCAUGUUUGUUGUUCAAUAAACGUAUUUUUCUACCAGGAA